AUGGAGAUAGAUGAAAACUUCUUGGACGCCCUUCCACAGGAGCAGCAACAUGUGUUUAUCUCAUCUCCACCAACAUCAGUGCUGUCCUGUGGGUCAGGAUCCAAGCUAGUGGAAAAAUGGGUGAUUUUGAUCAAGAAAGGGAAGCAUAUGGUCAGAAAGAAGCUGGAGCUAGUGUCCCAACCACAGGAGAAAUACACCUGCAGUCAGCCAAAGUAUUUGAAGGGUUCUCCUGGUAUCUGCUCUGCCUUGAGCAGCCCAACAGCCAUCUGGGGGCUGGAGGUUUCCCAUGUCUGGCUCUCCAUCCCUUUUACUCACAUCUACAUUGCAUCACUUGUCGGGAACUGCACAAUCCUUGUCAUCGCGACUGAUCUGAGCCCCCAUGAGCUUGUAUGCUGUUUCCUGUCCGUGCUGGCCAUCACUGAUUUGGGUUUGUCUCUCUCAAGUUUCAGAGCCUGUUUUGCUCAGCUUUACUUUAAUUCCUUCUCCUUCAUGGAGUCCUCUGUGCUUCUGGUCAUGGCCUUUCAUCACUGUGUGGCCAUCUGCUACCUGCUGAGAUACUCCUCCAUCCUCACCAGUGCCAGGAUAGGCAGGAUUGGGCUGGCUGCUCUGCGCAGAUGCCUCUUAGGAGGGCUGCCAUCCUGCUGUCUGAUCAAGCGGAUGUGCAUUGCAUUCAAUAACUGGUAUGGCUUUGCUGUAGCCAUUCUUCUGACAUUCAACUUCAUUCUUAUCUUCAUGUCAUACACACUGAUUGCUAGGGCCAUUCUGGGCAUCACAUCCCAGAGGGCCUCUCGAGCUUUGAACAACUGCCUGUCCCGUAUCCUGGCAGUCCUGAUCCUGUACAUCCCCAUGCUUGGCUUGUCCAUGGUUCACUGGUGUGGCCAGCAUGCUUCCCCCUCUCUCAUGUCCAAUGUCUACCUGCUGGUUUUCCCCCUGCUGAACCCCAACAGCUACAGCAUAAGAAACUAG